CCUUUAAGAAACAAGUACAAAUAAUUCUUCGAGUCAAUCCUUGACCCUUCUGGGUGCCUUAACCAUCUCGCUCUGAAAAUCUCUAUGUGCUUCACUGACUGACUAAGUUUCAAAGAUGGCAACAGUGACUGCUUCAUUUAACUUAGUCUCCAGAGGUUCUCAUGUCUCAUAUGAGUCCAAAGCAGCACCAAUGGGACUUGGAUCUCUAAAGCAGACAAAUACUCAUAAAGGAUUAAGAGUUUUGAACCCAGUGGAUGAGCUACUAAACAGAACCCCAAUUAAAAUCAAUGCAGCACAAGCUAGGAGGAAGGGACUGGGACUUCAAAGCAAGAAUGUUAGGCCUGCAGGUAUUGUUAUAUGUGGCAUGAAUUUGAUCUUUGUAGGAACUGAGGUUGGUCCAUGGAGCAAAACUGGUGGGUUAGGAGAUGUUCUUGGAGGUCUUCCACCAGCAUUGGCUGCUAUUGGACAUCGAGUUAUGACCAUAUCUCCACGUUAUGACCAGUACAAAGAUGCAUGGGAUACAAGUGUUACAGUUGAGGUGAAAUUAGGAGAUAGAACAGAAAAAGUUAGCUACUUCCAUUGCUAUAAAAGAGGAGUUGAUCGAGUCUUUGUGGAUCAUCCUAUGUUUCUUGAAAAGGUCUGGGGGAAAAGUGGAACCAAACUUUAUGGACCUACUGCAGGAGAGGAUUACCAAGACAACCAACUACGUUUUAGCCUUUUCUGCCAGGCAGCUUUGGAAGCACCAAGGGUUCUGAAUCUUAAGUCCAGUGAAUAUUUCUCUGGACCAUAUGGUGAAGAUGUCAUUUUCGUCGCCAAUGAUUGGCACACUGCUCUUCUUCCCUGCUACUUGAAAGCUUUGUACCAGUCAAUAGGCAUCUAUAAGAAUGCCCGAGUUGUUUUUUGUAUCCACAACAUUGCUUACCAAGGCAGAUUUGCAUUCGCUGACUUCUCACUUCUCAAUCUCCCUGACCAAUUUAAAAGCUCCUUUGACUUCAUUGACGGGCAUGUUAAACCAGUGAUGGGAAGGAAAACCAAUUGGAUGAAAGCUGGAAUUUUAGAAUCACACCUGGUGCUAACUGUUAGUCCAUACUAUGCUCAAGAACUAGUUUCAGGCCCAGAUAAAGGAGUGGAGUUGGACAACAUCAUUCGCAGAACUGGUAUUACUGGAAUUGUGAAUGGCAUGGAUGUUCAGGAGUGGAAUCCAUCCACUGACAAAUAUAUAACUGUCAAAUAUGAUGCUUCAACAGUAUUGGAAGGAAAGGCUCUUCUGAAAGAAGCCCUCCAAGCAGAAGUUGGAUUGCCGGUUGACAGAAAUAUUCCUCUCAUUGGUUUCAUUGGUAGGCUUGAAGAGCAAAAAGGUUCUGAUAUUCUUGUAGCAGCCAUUCCUCAAUUUAUCAAGGAGAAUGUUCAGAUAGUAGCCCUAGGAACAGGAAAAAAACAAAUGGAAAAGCAGCUUCAGCAACUUGAAGUAUCAUAUCCUGACAAAGCCAGAGGAGUGGCAAAAUUCAAUGUUCCCCUAGCCCACAUGAUAAUUGCUGGAGCUGAUUUUAUAUUGAUUCCUAGCAGAUUUGAGCCUUGUGGUCUCAUUCAGUUACAAGCUAUGCGCUAUGGAACUGUACCUAUUGUUGCCUCAACAGGUGGAUUAGUUGACACAGUCAAAGAAGGUUUCACUGGAUUUCAGAUGGGUCCCUUCAAUGUUGAAUGUGAAGCUGUGGAUCCUGCUGAUGUGGAUGCUCUAGCAAAGAAUGUCAUAAGGGCCCUUGCAGUAUAUGGAACCCAAGCUUUUACAGAAAUGAUUAAGAAUUGCAUGGCUCAAGAUCUUUCAUGGAAGGGACCUGCUAAGAAAUGGGAGGAAGUACUGCUAAGCUUGGGAGUUCCUGGCAGUGAACCUGGAAUUGAUGGAGAAGAAAUUGCUCCACAGGCAAAGGAAAAUGUGGCAACUCCAUAAUAAGAACAAAGAUGUGAGGGAAGCUCCAGCUAGUGUGAGUCUGAGAUUAUAGAAUCAGGGUAGUCCACCCCAGUAAAGGAGUUAUGGCCUACACUACAGUGGCGUAUUUGGGAGUGCAUGUUUUCAAGAUUAGCAUAAAGCAUUUCUUGGAAGUGUAGAUACCACACAGGCUAUGCUGGACGAGCAAGGAGUUGUAACUUGUGUAUCUAAUUUGGACAGCUUAAUUUUUUUUUUUAUUUUUCCCUUAGAAUCAUAGAUUAUGGUUCAUUAUUGCAUUACUACCUUUAAGCUUCUUUUAUGUACCUUUAACCUUGUAUGCUCUGGAUAAUCCUUAUGUCUGUAUUCUAGCCAACUGGACAAAAAUUCCAAGAAAAUCGGCUUCAAUUUAAUCGGUUAGAAAAGACAAAUAUAA